CUGACGCAAUUCCAGGUGCGAUUUUCUCCUUAUCACAGUGCCGUAUUGGAGGCCAUCAAGUCAAUCCCGUCGCGCCAAUACGAUUCGUGUGAUCGCACAUGGAGCAUUGCCUUUUCUGACCUCAAGAAAUGUCAAAAUAUCUUUAAGGAGCUUACGGCUGUAAAUGUUACACUGGAGUCUAUUCCUGACAAUGUAUUGAAGUUGUUGGGCGACGAAAGUCAUUCAAGACACGCUGUUCCAUCCGAUUUAUCUCUUAUUCUGGAUCCAGCUUUAAUCCAACGGCUGUUUCCAUUCCAGAAAGCUGGCGUUGCGUUACUUUCAUCAUGGCUGUAUCCGUUCAUACUUUUUCUUUUCUAUAGUUUUGGAAUUGAAAGAGGUGGACGCAUUUUACUCGCUGAUGAGAUGGGGCUUGGAAAAUCUGUGCAGGCGCUUACUUUAGCACGAUACUACAAAGCCGAGUGGCCUCUGUUAAUAAUCUGCCCUUCAUCGGUCAAAACUGCGUGGAAAGUGCAAAUUAACAAGUUUAUGCCCAUGAUACACAAAAUCUUCCUAGUUGAGAAGGGGUCGGAUCCUUUACCGGAAGCGCGGACGUCGAAUACGGUAGUGUCAGACGAGUCUCACAUGUUGAAAGAUAUGAAAGCCAAGCGCACUAAAGUGGCCCAUUCACUUUCGAAACGGGCAUCACGUGUAAUUCUUUUAUCUGGUACCCCGGCCCUAUCGAGACCAGCUGAGCUGUUUUCUCAAAUCAAGCUGGUGAACGAUAGUCUUUUCCCGAAAUUUCACGAAUUUGCUGUACGAUAUUGUGAUGGAAAACAAGGAAGAUUCUGUUUUGAGGCGAAAGGGUGCACAAAUAGCGAUGAACUGAAUGCUAUUCUCUCUAAGAGGGUUAUGAUUCGCCGUCUCAAAUCCCAAGUGCUUACUGAACUUCCCGAUAAACGCAGAGAGGUUGUUUAUCUAUCUGGACAUAAGAUUGACUCUCGAAUGGAUAGUCUACAGAAAGCAAAAAAUGAUUUUGAAGCGAACAAGCGGGCUCAACCUGGAAACGCAAAAGAUCCGAAGGAGUGUUUGUUGGAAUAUUUUAGCCUUACGGGUAUUGUUAAGGCAGAUGCGGUGUGUUCACAUAUUUUAGAGAAUUAUUUCUAUCCAGAUGCACCUAAAAAGAAAGUCCUAAUUUUUGCACAUCAUCAAAUCGUUAUGGAUUCAAUUCAAGUUGAGGUUCAAAAGCGAAAUUUGAAGUCUGUUCGAAUUGAUGGGCAAACAUUAUCGAAAGAUCGUGGGAAUUUAUGCCAACAGUUCCAGGAAGAUCCUGAUGUGAUGGUGGCAAUUUUAUCACUUACUGCUGCUGGCGUAGGAAUAACACUUACGGCUGCUUCUGUGGUCGUGUUUGCCGAGCUACACUGGAACCCUGGAACAUUGCUCCAAGCUGAAGAUCGUGCACAUCGAGUAGGACAGAAGGAUAGUGUUUUUGUGCAAUAUCUUGUUGCCCGAAAUACUGCGGAUGAUGUAAUUUGGCCUCUUGUACAAAGAAAACUCGACGUCCUUGGCCAGGUAAAAUUUUCUAAUACUUUUAUGACUUUUUCAUUUUGA